CGCCACCGUCUUCCACGGCCGCGAGGUUCGCAAGGUCAGCGCGGCUCCGCACGGCCAAACGUCCACCAUGUUCAUCCACCUUUCCCUCGCGAGCGGCGACGACGCCGAGGGAUGGAGCGCGGAGGAGAUCGAGGAGUACAGCGGGUGGAUGAGCGACAGGGGCAGGCGGUGGAGGGACGGGGGCGUGUACGCGGCCGAGGCGGGCGCGGAUUGGUACCGCGCCAAGUUUGGCCCCGAGGCUUUCGGGCUGCACCACAGGUUCUACCUGCACCUCGACGGAGGCGAUAACUUCUGGCUGUCCGCGGAGGAUGGGUGCGAGGGCGUGGCGCAGUCCAAGCAGAAGCCCGCGUUCGACUUUGGCGGGCCGGGCGCGAGGAACCCCUUUUCCAUCUUCAAGUGAGAGCGAGGCGUGUGCUGCUGUACCCAAGUCUUAGCGGAACAUGUAACAGAAUCACGGACAUCUG